AUCCUACCACCUUCGACUCCACAAAAUCUCUCUGGGUCGAGGCCGAGGACACUAGUGUCUCCAGAGAAGCUGCCCGUUCCCCCGAAGACACCGCAUGGGCCGAGCGUGGACUUGUUCUGGGACCGAGAAUUUGUGGAUGAAUGGAACGCCGAGCAUUCACCCAAGAAGCUCUUCCUUCCAGCCGUACGGCCGAGCCCUACCAAAUCGAAGGCGAAGAAGAAGGAAGCCAGGAUAUCGUUUGAGCAGAGAAGACAGGAGAUCGCGGCGACAUUCCUGAAAGAACUAGAUGAAGUGAUCACCCAGGGUCGUCUUGCAGAGCUGGCCAGCUCGACGGGGGGCGUUGCCAUCCGGUGGUCAAACAAGCUUAACACCACUGCUGGACGCGCGCACUGGAAGAAGGAGACUGUAAGGACAGUAGGCUCCGACGGCCACGAGCCCGCCACGGCCGUUCGAGAUCAUGCAUCCAUUGAGCUUUCGGAGAAGGUCAUUGAUGAUGAGCAUCGGUUGCUGAAUGUCGUCGCACACGAGUUCUGCCACUUGGCCAAUUUCAUGGUCACCGGAAUCACGGCCAACCCGCAUGGCAAGGAGUUCAAAGCCUGGGCGGCCAAGGUAUCGAGGGCGUUCCACGACCGCGGAAUCGAAGUCACGACCAAGCACUCCUACGACAUUGACUUCAGGUAUAUCUGGGAGUGUACCGAUUGCGGCACCGAGUACAAGCGACAUUCAAAGAGUAUUCACCCGGAGCGCCAGCGCUGCGGCGCCUGCAAAGGGGCGUUGAAACAGACGAAGCCAGCACCCCGUGCUGUGACCGGAAAGAAAUCGGAUUAUCAGCUAUUCGUCCAGGAGCAGAUGGGAAUCGUCAGGAAGGAUAACCCGCACACCCCGCAGAAGGAUCUCAUGCGCCUGAUAGCUCAGAAAUGGGCCCAGAAGGCCGAAAGGACUAGCCGCAACACCAUGUCCAGUGAGCAAAGUGGCUUGGUAGAGGCGGUUGCUGAUGAAUUGCGCAACUUGAGUAUUUGA